AUGGACCUCUCACAUAUGACAGAAGCUUCCCACAGGUGUCACUCACAUGGCAAUCAUCGAGACCGCGAUCUGGCUUUGGGGCAUUAUCAGAAGUCCACCUUGCAUAUAUUGUUAGAAGGAGUAUCAGGUAUGAUGGGCACUAUUGGCAUGAGUGCAGCACUGUCAAGUGCUUCAUGGUCGCUUAGGGAUCCACCAUCGCCAUCACAAGAGCAAAAUCAACGAGAGCGCAAAAAGCAAAAGAGACGACGAAGACUGUCUAAAGGAGGAAGUUACGCAUUCUUAGAUGGUGACUCUGUUACCCCAGGACGUCGAAUAAGCAAGAAAGUCAGCUCUUUAUUCCGAGGAAGGAAGGAGGAAAAGAAAUCGAUCCGGGAUCCAGUCUCAAACCCAGAUUCAAAUCCAUUCCCGGAUCCAGACACAGUCCAAGAUCUAGACCCGCUCCAAGGUCCAGAUCCAAUGACUAUCGGCAUGAAAAUUGUACCUAAUGUAUUGAUGUACCCGUUGAAACAUGGCCGCCUAGAGCCAAGGCAGGAAACUUUGCGGCGGCUUAAAUAUCCACAAUCACAACCAACAACAUCGAUGUGGGCGAGCGAUAGGGCCAGUAGUAUAGAUGGUAGUGUAUCACUAUCCGACAACUCUCUAAGAUGGGCACUUUUAUCGCCCGAUACAGAAAAUAACAAGGAAAUAGACGAUCUGUCCCCCGCACAGUCGUCGAAUGCCACAUUGACAGAGGAGAUGGACGACUCUAUGGACACACAAGCACGACGCGCCAGUUUGAAGGCGAAGCAUAACCAUAAGCUUAUCCUUAGACGAUCUAAAGGACAACGGAAUGUCCGCGAUAAUGGCUCACACCUCGACGAAGAUGAUGGAUCUGUGUGUUACGAACCGUAUGAGGAACAAGGUAUCCUCAGUAGCGCAGGGGAUUGGCACCGCGAGGAUGAGAGAACCAAAGCCGUUUCGAGUGGAAGCUGGAGGGAUAGCGCGAGACAAAGUCCAACAUUUGAUGACCAAGGCCGAGUUGUGCCCCUCCCAGGACUAAAGCAAAAUGUACAGGAGAUUUCGAAGCGCCGUUACACUCAGAUACGCAAUGCAGCCUCCGAUUCAGCUGGGGAAACUACAGGCGAUAUGUUUGCAGUGAUUUGCGAUUGGUAUGAGCGGUACACGCGGGGAACGUUCAACUUCAAAAAGAUGCAAGAGCUGCCAUCUGAUAUUGAAUUUGAUUAUCUCCCUGCUUUACUGACAGCAGAUGAAUACAAACGCAUGCAUAUGAGUUCUAUGUAUGACAUUCUUUGGCCCAAGUGGGAUACUAAAACUGCUGAGUACCAAAUGUCUAAAGCGCUCGCGGUUUUUAAAGUUAAACAUGCUGCGCUGAGCUUUUUUGACGGCGACUAUGAAGUCAUUCGCGCUGAGAAUGGAUAUGAUCCGAUGAGGAUUGAUCGUUUGAUGAGCUUGGCCGCUCACGCACUGUACACUGGUGAAGUCAUAUGGGUACUGGAUACCAUGAGGGACUGGCGCUUUAAAAACAAUCCCCUUGUUGUUGGCGAACCAAACAUUCGUUUUUUUGCUGCCGCGCCGCUUCUAACACACGACGAUGUCGCUAUCGGUGUGUUUUACAUCUUUGAUCGAAUUCCGAGAACUACUUUUGCGCCAAAGGAACGGUCGGAGCUUCACACAUUUGCGGACUAUCUUCUUGCCGAUAUCACCAUGCAGAGAGCUGAUCUAUCCCAUCCUCAGCUACAAAACCUCCCUCUACCAGAUGAUGGGAUGAGCGAUUUUAUCAGAAUCGAUACACCAGAUCCAGGAAGUAUCCCUGGUGUUCCUCACUGUCCUAUUCGAUUUUAUAAACAGGCGCCGUUACCCGCGUACUUUUCGAAAGAACUCGAUGACUAUUUUGAUUCAGAGGUUUCUGGGAUACUUGGGGAAGAAGUAGUACAAGCUCAAAGCGCACGACAAUCUGGUCACGGUUCUUCGGUCCUUGAUCAUGAUGUACCUUUGGUUCCAGAUGAAUCUUUUGCUACAAGUCGAUCAGAUACAAAUCCAGGAUUUUCCUUUAUCGACUUUCUCCGUAUGAAUGAUCAAGACUUCCAAGAGGAAAGAGCACCUAAAAUUGAACAACCCGCCCGUAUUAUGGUUCGAGAUAAUGGGAGCAUGGCCAGCUUGGCUACUUCGACAAGAUCAAAGCUUGCCCUGAAGCUGGAGCCUCCUCCACCGCUGCGUGUAAUCAAAACUCCAAAGGUUGAGGAUACUGCUUUCUUCUCGAGCCCUCUUUCUCGGCCCUCACUAGGUUACGAAGUCCUUCAAGAACGGGCAUCUAUGAUUAGUUUUCGAGAUGAGAGUCACCUUGAAGAAAGCCACAGUGAAGAAGCGGAUGAUAAUCCUCAACGCGGAUCAUUCGAGAGCAGUACCACCGACCAAACCAGCCAAAGCGUAAGAUAUUCCCUGUCUCCGCUGCUAGAGCGGGACAGCAUCCAGCCACAAUUUCGGGGAAGAUCAUCAAACAGAACUCAAGUAGAGAGACCACCAUUAACCAGGGACGGUACACCUCAACCUGGUACUGUAAAAGCUGCAAUCGCAUCAUUCAACGUCAGAAUGUCUACUUCUACCAACAGUCUGUCACCAUAUGAUGGUCUUGACUCUCGAGCUCGUACUAGAUCUGGUUCUGCUCAGGCUCAACGGUUAUCAUUUGCGAGACCACAAUCCGAAAAGAGUGGAAAGGACUCCGUCGCACCGGUUCAACCUGAACAGCUAACAACUACGAAGUCAGAAUUUGACAAGUCCUCAGAUGAUGCUGUCUCAAUCUCUCAACCUCAGCAAUCAUCGGCUACGAAAUCGCAAUCCGAAAAUACUGUAGAGGAGAUUGUCUCAGCCGUUCAUACUACGCAAAAUUCUUCUGAUCACCAACAGACCUCGGCUUCAAAGCCACCGCCUGAGAGUUCUUUUGACAGCCUUACAACAGCUGAUACUUUUGAGUCUGAGGCUAGACCUGUUACUCCUGAUCAAGCAGAUCUUAGUGCUGCAUACCGUCGUAAGUCUGAGUAUGGUUCAGUCACAAUUCUUGCUUCUCCAUCCACAAGAAAAGAGAGUCCAGCACUGACUGCAAGUGACCUUCCUCUUCACCCAUCAGGAUCUCAGAUCACUAUUUCGAAAGCACUCAACGCACCAGCUAGCAGUGUAUCAAGUCCAACCGAACCAGCACCGCCUGUUGGAAAUUCCGAAUCCAAUUCUCCAGAUAUAUCGACCCUUUCAGCCAAAUUCCAAGACUUAACCACUAGUCCGAUCCGUGCUCCAAAACAGAUUGUCGAAGUUGUUAAGCAGUCUCCUCCACCAUCCCAACCGAGCUCGACUCCAACAGAAACCAAGUCUGGGAGCGAUCUUAUAAGCAGCACUGAGAUUUCGUUCCCAUCGCCUCCGCCAUCAAACCCUCCUCCAAUUCCUCGUCCAAUGGCAGUAGAUCCUCUUGUUAUUGAUCCUCAUCUCCUUGCCGGCGCAGCUCAAAUGUUCCGAGUUGCCGCCCAAAACCUUGCCUACGACCUGAUUUACGCAGUCUCUAUAUUUGCACCGAACCACACCUCUGCAACACCCGUAACAGCAGAUGAGAUUCAUAUUCGGUACUUGGUCGCCCAUGGUAUGCAAUCUGCAACUCAAGAUCUCAACAAGAAGCUCCAUUUGAACGCUCUCCGCUCACUUGGAAUUUUCUAUUUCCAACCCCCCAAGGAUGCCAACUUCGACCCAGAAGAUUGGAGCAUCGGCCGUUUCCUCGCAGUCCCAAGCCGCUUCGGCAGCUCUCGCAUUCGCAAUUCCGGAAUCGUAGUAGCAGCUUUCCGCCGAGCCUCAACACCCCCCCUCUCCAACGACUACGCCGAAAGCUUGCAAUUCCAGGAGUUCGUCGAUGCAUUCAAAAAGACUAUCUUCCCGCCUCCGACAUUCAAGUCUAAGAUCCCGCAGCGUAUGGCUUCGAGUCCUGCAUUGCGUGAAGAAGCUGGGUUCCCGGCGAAUGAAGCCGUGGAAAUGAGGACUGCUGCGCCUUCUCCGAGGGCUACGCCUGAGAUAGCGGGGGCCUUCGAGACUCAGGGCUGCGAAGAGUAG